CAAUCUCGGCGGCGGCGGUGGCUGCAGGGGGAGCCCGCGCUCUGCUGCCGGCUAGUCGGUCGCGUGAGGGGAGGCGCCGAGAGGAGGGCUGGGGGAGGAAGAUGCCGAGUACGGACCUUCUGAUGUUGAAGGCUUUUGAGCCCUACUUUGAGAUUUUGGAAGUCUAUUGCACAAAGGCCAAGAAUUAUGUAAACGGACAUUGCACCAAGUAUGAGCCCUGGCAGCUCAUUGCCUGGAGUGUCCUGUGCACCCUGCUCGUAGUCUGGGCCUACGAUUUUGUCUUCCAGCCAGAGAGUUUGUGGUCAAGGUUCAAAAAGAGAUGUUUUAAGCUUGUCAGGAAGAUGCCUAUUAUCGGUCGCAAGAUCCAAGAGAAGGUGAACAAGACCAAGGAUGAUAUAAGCAAGAACAUGUCAUUCCUGAAAGUGGACAAAGAGUAUGUAAGAGCUCUGCCCUCGCAAGGUCUGAGCGCGGCUGCGGUCCUGGAGAAGCUCAAGGAGUACAGCUCUAUGGACAUCUUCUGGCAGGAAGGGAAAGCCUCCGGAGCGGUGUACAGUGGGGCUGAGGAGCUCACCGAACUCCUGGUGAAGGCUUAUGGAGAUUUUGCAUGGAGUAAUCCACUGCAUCCAGACAUCUUCCCGGGACUGCGCAAGAUCGAGGCCGAGAUUGUGAGGAUAGCUUGUUCCCUGUUCAAUGGGGGGCCGGAUUCCUGUGGAUGUGUGACCUCUGGGGGGACAGAAAGCAUACUGAUGGCCUGCAAAGCUUAUAGGGACCUGGCCUUUGAGAACGGGAUCAAAACUCCAGAAAUUGUGGCCCCCCAAAGUGCCCAUGCCGCAUUUGACAAAGCAGCCAAUUAUUUUGGGAUGAAGAUUAUACGGGUUCCGCUGAACAAAAUGAUGGAGGUGGAUGUUCGGGCAAUGAAGAGAGCCAUCUCCAGGAACACGGCCAUGCUUGUCUGUUCUACACCCCAGUUUCCUCAUGGUAUCAUUGAUCCUGUCCCUGAAGUGGCCAAGCUGGCUGUCAGAUACAAAAUACCUCUUCAUGUAGACGCUUGUCUGGGGGGCUUCCUCAUCGUCUUCAUGGAGAAGGCAGGAUACCCGCUGGAGCAGCCUUUUGAUUUUCGGGUGAAAGGUGUGACCAGCAUUUCAGCGGAUACCCACAAGUAUGGCUACGCCCCCAAAGGCUCUUCUGUGCUGCUCUACAGUGACAAGAAGUACAGGAGCCAUCAGUUCUUCGUGGCAACAGACUGGCAGGGCGGCAUCUACGCGUCGCCAACCAUCGCAGGCUCCCGGCCCGGAGGCAUUAGCGCGGCCUGUUGGGCUGCCUUGAUGCACUUCGGUGAGAGCGGCUAUGUUGAGGCCACCAAACAGAUCAUCAAAACUACUCGCUUCCUCAAGUCAGAACUGGAAAAUGUCAAAGGCAUCUUUGUUUUUGGGAAUCCCCAGUUGUCAGUCAUUGCUCUGGGCUCCCGAGAUUUUGACAUCUACCGGCUGUUCAACCUGAUGACUGCUAAGGGCUGGAACCUGAACCAGCUGCAGUUCCCGCCCAGUAUUCAUUUCUGCAUCACGCUAGUACACACCCGGAAGCGCGUAGCCGUACAGUUCCUAAGGGACAUCCGGGAGUCUGUCACUCAAAUCAUGAAGAAUCCUAAAGCAAAGACCACAGGAAUGGGUGCGAUCUACGGCAUGGCCCAGACGACCGUUGACAGGAACCUGGUUGCAGAAUUGUCCUCAGUCUUCUUGGACAGCCUUUUCAGCACUGACACUGUAACUCAGAGCAGCCAGAUGAAUGGUUCUCCGAAGCCGCGCUGAGCCUGGACCCUCUGGCCCCAAAGGGAUCCUGACCUCCAGACGGUGCUCGGGGUGCAGAACCGGCCGUGUGCAGGGUCAGCAUCUGGUCUUGCUCCACGGAGCACGACAAGACAGACCGUGAGACAGCUUGAUCCUCGGGAUUCUUGUUCCUCCUCUCGUCGUCCUCCUGUGGUCUUUAUGUGGAGACCUGAAGGAGCCUAUUACAUAAUUAUUUUGCCCUUGUUCUCAGAUGUUGCCCUAGGAAUUGUUUCAGUCAUUUCCCUCUCUAACCUUCUAGCUUUCAACUUCACUUGAUCAUUGUGCAGCGGCUCUGACCUGAGUCCUUACAGAGGCUGGGGGGGUUUACGUGAUAAAGAAGCUUCUCUGUUCUCUCGGGGAGACUGGCGAGGCAGAUUGGAAGAUGUUUUCCCAGGUGGGAGUUAGGUGCCCUCUAAAGGUGAGGCCUUCUCCGCCUCCUGUCUGGGUAGUGAGUUGUCUGUCUCGGAGAGUCACUGGUAGUGCGGCUCAGUUUCUUUUUCCAUUUGAUACUUGGUGGUCCCAUCGGUGGAGAUCUGUGCUUGAAAUUGGGCUCCCAUUGGUUUGUUGUUGCUGCCCUGGAUUAGGAAGAGAUUGCGGUUUCCAGAGAGCCCAGGCCUUUCUGGCCCUGGCGCUGCCCGUCUGUACAGGCAGUGUUCAGAGCACAGCUGGACCCUCUCCUGGGCUGCUAAGGAUCAGAAACCAGAGCCUUUUCUCAGGUUCUCUGUCACAUUCAAAUUCAUGUCCCAGAGUUGGUGGUGGCCCUCCCCUCCCCCACUGCUAUAAGCCCUCUCGUCUGUGAGUAUGUUUGCUUGAAGGAACAGCUCAGAGCACCUUCACAAAUUGCCUUGACCUACCCUAGAUGGGUGCAAGGGGGCAUGAGAGAGCCUCCAAGGCAAGGAAACUUCUCUGCAUUCGUGUAUCCCUCCUCCCUCUUUCUGUCUCUUUGGCUCCCCAGGUACUCUGGCAGUUUAGCCUCAGGUACUGGACACUUCUCAGCCCUGGCUAACUCUGGGCUAGGGAAGCAUGAUGGCAACUGUCAGUUGGGGCCUGGGGCCUGGGAUUCCUUCUUAAGACUAGUUUCUCAGGGUGGUGCAGGGACAGAACCAAACCCUGCGCCCAUUCUCUGCCCUCUUCACCCCUACACAGGGCCCUGACCUAGGUGGAGCCACAGUCUUCCUCUGAAGACGACCUACCGUGUGCCUUUUUCCUCAGCACUGAGCGGCGAGGGGCUACUCCUGACCCAGGCCGUAGGGGAAAUGGGUCAGUCUUCGAGCUUUUAUUUGGGUGGGGGAGGACUUUAGGAUAAAGUCAUGAGAAAAUGUCCUCUGUUCAUUCCCCUUCUCAGGGACCCCUAAACCAUUCAGCCUCUGCAGGCUGCUGUCCUCCUGCAUGCCCUCACUGGGAAUGCUGGCGGGGAGAGCCAGGACGACCAGGCCUUCCCCGGGGCUCCAUAGCACAUGUGUCUGAAGUGGCCUUUGGCAUUGUGCUUCCACCACAAUAACUGUGACUAGCUGGCCGUGUCAUUGCCGGGCUGGAGUGUGUGUUCCUCCUGUGCCUUGUGGGUUCCAGGAGUGGGGGUGGGUGGGGUGUGCGUGUGUGUGCGUGUGUGUGUGUGUGUGUGUGUCCGCGCAUGCUCAUUAGAGGGAGAUGCUAAGAUCUUUUGGACAUGGUAGCCGAGUUCCUUCCCGUCGCUGAACUGGGGGGCACCUCCCGAGAGUUACUGUGGCCGGAGCUGUGCACCAGUGCUUCUGGGUCUCUGGUGCGAUCCUGGUGUCGGAGGAGUACCCGGGACCCAGAACCACCCCGGCACCACUCUGGUUUGUUGGCAGCGAAAAUGGAGAAGCCUGUGCCGGAUAGAGCGAUGGGCAUGCUGUUGCUUCCGGUGUCUGCGGGCCCUUCCUCUGCUGUGACGGCACUGCUGCCCCGGAGGCAGUGGUGUUUUUUCAAAGGGACCUGCAGUAGCCACUUUAUAUCAUGAGCCUUAGUUUGACUGACACUUGCGGGCUUUCCAUUCUAUGCAUACCUGCUCCCUAGAACACCUAGUCUGGCAGAGGCAGGCAGGAUGUCUUCAGAUGUUGUGUUGCUAGCAGAUGUCACAUUGGCCUCUGCAGAAACGGUAGUGUCUGGGUUCUAUAUGGAGGGAGUAGCCGCCAGACUAUAUACUGCCAUGUCACUUUUAAUAUUACUGGUUUUAUACUUGCAAAAUGGUACUUGCCUCUUUUAAAUCUUUUCUGUGUUUAACCUCCUUCUUCCCAGCUCAGUGCUCCCUUCCUGUUUGCAGCAAUAAUAUCUUAAAGAACAAUUCAGUAAUUAAAUGACCGAAAUCGUCA